AUGUCGGACGGAGAAGAGCAACCGCAAGAGGUCGCCGCGGCCGAGGAGGUCGAGGUGGCAGCCGACACCAGCAAGAGCGGUUCCAUGUCCGUUCUCGAUGCCCUGAAGGGAGUGCUCAAGAUCGCCCUGAUCCACGACGGUCUCGCCCGCGGACUGCGCGAAGCCUCCAAAGCUCUCGACCGUCGCCAGGCACACAUGUGCGUCCUCAACGAGUCCUGCGAGGAGGAGGCCUACAAGAAGCUUGUCGUGGCCCUGUGCGGCGAGCACAAGAUCCCCCUCAUCAAGGUUCCGGAUGGAAAGCAGCUUGGAGAGUGGGCUGGACUUUGCCAAAUCGACCGUGAGGGUAACGCUCGCAAGGUCGUCAACUGCUCGUGCGUCGUUGUCAAGGACUGGGGUGAGGAGUCACAGGAGCGUAGCAUCCUUCUCAACUACUUCCAGACCGAGCAAUAG